CUGUGAUGACCUGUUUGUUUGUGAGACCACGUGCUUCGGUUGCUUGAUCGAUGCAAGCCAUUGUUUGAAUGUUUGAAAUUAUUUGACUUUGAGCAGAGCGAAAUUAUGUUAUGAGAGACAAAGUUACGGAAUGGAGGAGCCAAAACGUACAGUUCCUACGAAACAAUGUCAAAUUGAAGGGUGUAGUGAGAUUAGUGUUGGCUCAAAAGUUCCAUUAUGUCGAAAACAUCGAAAUAAAACAUACAAGCAAAAUUAUAAGAAGAAGAAGAAACAUGCUGAAGGGAAUUUUGAAGUAUGGUAUAAAUAUAAAUAAUAUUCAAUCAACUAUUUCAGUCGCCGAGUUAUGACUAAACCAAUACAUUGUUACAAAACUUCGGUUGGUAGAGAUGCAACUACCUGAAAUAUACAAAUUUGAAUUUCUCUUUUCAGGCAGUUGUAUCUCUACCAAUGAAAGUUUUGUUAUUAUUGUCACUAAUAUAUGUUUUGCUAUAUAUAGUAGCAAUUUAGUGCCACAUUGAAAUGUGGAUAUAUAUAUGCAGUAAUUAAGGGAGAUCGAGACAGAUCAAUGAGAUCAGGGUCAUAUAAUAGUCACGAUGGAAACUAUGAUUAGUGCAGCAAAUUUGGUCCAUAUCAGAGGACGAGAAUUUUAGGAGCAGGGGCGAAACUAACCCAUUUUAAUUAAGGGGUGUCUGGCAGAAUUGCCCUGCCAAAAUCAAUGAUGCCCUGCAGCAUGCAGUGCCAGCACUAAUAGAAUACAUCACUAAGCUACAUGUAUAAUUGAAAUGCCGAUGCCAAUGUACAUGCAUACAAACUGCUUAUUGUUUGCUAGCUGUAAUAAGUUACUUAAUAACUCUACAUUCCAGUGCCGUAGCCAGAACGAUAAUUGGGGGGUGGAGGGCAAAUAUUUCAUAUAUUCGUGUUCUGCUUUAUUAAUUUCUUUUGAAAUCAAUUGUUUUUAUGGUAUGUGAACACAAAUAUAUAUGAAUAUUUGCCCCCACCAAUUAUCGUUCUGGCUACGGCACUGCUACAUUCUAUCAUUUAAAAUCUUUGAUUGCCCUGCGAAUUGGGAUGAUUUGUAUUUUGGGGGGUGCUACACCCACCAUACCCCCCGCAAGUUUCUCCCCUGUUUAGGAGGUCUGUUGGGCCCAGAGGUAUGUUACCCAUGAAAAUGUUGAAAAUCUGAGGUUUCUAAAAUGUUUUUUUUUAUGUUGUCUGAUAGGGACAUGGUGUACCAUAUUCAGACAAUGUUUACACUAGAGCAAAAGUUAGUGAUGGGUGGUACUGAGUACUUGGUAAUCAAUACUAGUGAUACUAUGUCCAGUAUCAUGUUCAGUAUCAGUAUCAAUUACUGAAGGUCUGAUUUCAUUCAAUAUUUGCAUCGGUCCCCCUUUUUAUGCAUGAUUUUAACUAUUUAAAUUAACAUAUUUUGAAUCGCUGUUGGUUUAAUUAAAAUAUUGGUAUCACCCAUCAAUAGCAAAGUCCCAAUGUUCUAAUAUUAGUAGUAAUGGAAUAUUGAUAUUUUUCAAGAAAUUACUAACUACAGUAUAGUACCCAUGCAAUUUGGUUGACCCAAGUCCUAACUCUAAUUAAUCAUAAAUCUAAAUCCCAUACCCCAUAAUUCCAACUCUGUCAAUAAUUUCACCUCCCCUACCAUUAACUGCUAGUUGAUCCAGAUCCUACAGUUGGAUUACAGAUCCAUUGACUCUGACAUACUGUAUAUAGUGUUAGUGUACACUUUGUCUACCAUUUAUUCUGGCUAAUCGGCUAUAUAUUUAUAUACCUAAUGAUUUAAAGUAUAAUCAGAGGUAACUCUUGGAAAUUAACCCAUUGAGUGCCAGUCUCUCCCCUUGACAAGUAAAAUAAUGCCUGGUGUUAGACAAUUUAGACAGUAAAAUAAUAUUGGAGGGUGCAUUUAUAGGGCAAUGCAACUCAAUGGGUUAACGUUUUUUCCUUCCUAAGAGGGCUUGAUACAAAUCCCUGUCUAUAGGUACAUAAAAAAUCGAACUCUGGCUUUUCACUUGAUUGGUCUAUCAGACUAAAAAAAUUUAAUCUGUCUUUUGAUUGGUUAGUGCUAAUUGGAUGUGGAUGCACUGACUAAACAAACACUGCGUCCGGUUGUUAGGAAAAUUUAAAAAAAGUUAAAACCAACCUGCCCUACCUACGUUUUUACAAGAAGAAAUAGGAAACCUACAUUUUUUUUCGGUUAUGUGGGUGGAGAGCGACUGGAUUAAGGUUAUGGGUUAACCAGAUUAUUUACAUCAGGCUAUGGGUUAACCAGAUUAUUUACAUCAGGCUAUGGGUUAACCAGAUUAUUUACAUCAGGCUAUGGGUUAACCAGAUUAUUUACAUCAGGCUAUGGGUUAACCAGAUUAUUUACAUGUACAUCAGGCUAUGGGUUAACCUGAUUAUUUACAUCAGGCUAUGGGUUAACCAGAUUAUUUACAUCAGGCUAUGGGUUAACCAGAUUAUUUACAUCAGGCUAUGGGUUAACCAGAUUAUUUACAUCAGGCUAUGGGUUAACCAGACUACUAACAUGUAUAUUUUGUGUCUUGAAUGGUCUGUCCAGUGUAGGUAGUGCCAAUAAUAAGAAAGUUUUGGAUGGAUGCAACUACCUGAAAAAUACAAGGAGAACCCCGGAAGAACCUCAAUGCUUCAAGUGAAGGCCCUUCGUCACUUUUUUGGCAAGGGGAAACUAUUGGAUUAACAUAGGUCAACCUUACUACUGUAUUCACCCAUGUCUCUAGGUAACCCAAACCUGGCCCCCAUCCGCCAAUUUCUGGGAGAGGGAGAUGACGAGCCUGAGUAAUGCAGCAGGCAUUAACCCUUGAAGUGACUUUGUAGUAUAUUAUUAAAUUUUACUCUGGCUUCAAUUUUGUCAAGGAAUGACUCCUUGACAUCAAUAAGGUUAAUUGGUAAAAAAUCAAUCUAACUCAAUUAAACAGUAUAUAUGUUGUCAUCAAAACAUUUCUCUUGUCAAAGCAGUGCACUGAGAUUUGUAGCUACUGUUGGUCAUGUAGAAGGAGAACUGUGUGACAGAAAAACAACUGGGGUCUAAUGCACCAUCUGGUUGAAGUAUUGUCACAAUUUAACACAUGUUUCAAAGCUGCAGUCUUUAAAACGAAGGUGUAUCACAUUAUUUAGUGAAAAUAUCAUCUUGGAAAUUAUAUUGUCUAAGGUCAUUCAAUAUACAGCCAGUCUAAGAUGUAAUGUAGUUCGAAAAACAUAUUCUAACACUACAACAUGUUUGGGGUAUCUAGAUAGAGCUUUUUGUCAUUUUUGAAACAGAAUCGAAGACCGUCCCCACUGGCACACUAUCAUCACUGUUACACUAAUUAAUGUGAACAGAGAUCUCGAGGCUAACACAUGCAAGCAAAUAUUUGGUUCUGUUUGAAAAAACUGUCAGGUUUUCUAACUUACCGGUACUUCAGUUUUUGGUCCUAUUUAGUUCAAAAUCCUUGCUUUAGUCUUAUUUAGUUCAAAAUCCUUAUUUAAAUCCAGUUACUGUAAUUUAAUCCGAAUGAAUGAGCAUUAUCUGAGGGGGGGUUUCUCCAGGUGAGGUGGAAAAACUUUCUGAGGUGGUGCUACUGGAGCACAAUCAUGGCAGGUUAACUCUGCCCUUUACUCUCAGGACAGUAGUUCACUGCCACAUACCAUUGUCCUUUAUUAGGAGAGGUGGGUGUUCAUUUAUCCCAGAAGAGGUUGUAGAUAAAAAAUAAUGCUAUCCCUUCCUGACAUUGUUACCUGGGCUAUAGCCCAGGAGAAAAAAUGGCGUAGACUCUAACCAAAGCUGACAAUGCAUAAAGACAUACUUACCUUGUUAGUUACAACAGUUUUUCUGAAAAAAUGUAUGUGUUUAAUUAGGAGCUUUCCCAAGAAAUCGUAAUCGAUGAUCAAUAUCUCCUGGAACAAAAGUAUUCAAAUAUGUUGCAAGAUGUUCUAACUCAAAAGCAAGUGGUAUGUGAGUUUGUUACUAUAUCCAUUUCUCAAAAUCUGGAAGUUGUAGUCUAUAAACAGCAAUUGUAUAUGAAAAAGUGAAAAAGAAAGUUUUAAAUUCCUUGAAAACGGUUUUUAUUAUCUUUGACAUAAUCACUUACCAAAUUGUCAUAAUUAUCAUUACAGUUACUGUUUCAAUAACCGAAAUUAAAUUUUACUGUAUUUGAAUAUCGUAUUUCAGGAGCUGUUUCAAUCACCUUCUGUUGUGCGACUUUUGAAAAGAUAUCAGAAUAAAAAGCUUCUUGCCCGAAAUAGCCACGCAAGUACGGAUACAUAUUCUAGUGAAUCAAACCAAUCACAACAGAAUGCUGCUUCAGAACAGAAACUACAUACAGAAAGGGAAGGUAAAUAUUUAAUGUAUUCAAUGGUCAGUAAUGUACAAGUUUUUAAAUUUUUUUUAAGUUUAGAUAUAUGUAAUGAGAACCAUAUUAGUGUCAUAGCAAUAGUUUUAUGCAACAACAGUCCCUAUUAAUGUGUAGAAUAGAAAAACGUAAUAUAGUGUGAAGUAAGAUUAUAUAAGAACCACUUCAACCUGAAGUUAAAAUUCACUCACGGUUCUUUUAUGCUGGGCUACCCUAGUCAAUAUGUCAAACCGUUUGGGAAAUAAACAUUACUGUAAGCUGAUUAUAGCUAUAAUAUGUAGCUAUAAUUAGCUUACAGUCAGAGGCGUAGCCAGGAUUUUUGGUCAGGGGGGCCAGCAAAAACCCAGGUGGGGCCAAAAAAAUUUCCGGACGACAACAUUUUAAAUCUCUCCGACCAAAUCCCCCCCCCCCGUCGACACCUUUUUUGGUAAAAAAAAAUCAGUUCCGGACAUCACAUUGCUUUCGUAGCACUUUUCCCGAUUUCCAUAUCACUUUUUCCGAUGCUUCACCACAAAGAUUCCGACAACAUUGACAAUUUUCCGACGGGUCUCAACUUGAAGCUAUAUAAUCAAGGAUUCCCUUUUUUAUUGCUGCGUAGCGAGCGAGCCUGAAGCGAGCGAGCGUAGCAGCGUUCUAAUAUGUGCAGAGAGGGGGUUUUGAAGUAAAUUUUAGUUAGCCAAUUGUAUUGUGGUCAACAUACAAUAUUUGAGGCGUAUUUGAAGGAUAUCAUUUAAGUGAACAUAACAAAUCCUACAAGGUGAUUGGUCAAAUUUGACGUAUUAAAUCUGUUAUAUUCACCUACAGGUGAAUAUAACAAAAUCGAAAUUUUCAAAAUGGCGGCUAGCCGUUUUGUUGAGGUUAGUGAUAAAGAAAUAAGCGAAAUUAAAAUGAAUUCAGACAAGAAAAUCACAAAAAAAAUUGUGCAAAACUACUAAAACAAUUAUUCGCCUCAGGCUCGGUGAUUAUCGAUUUAUCGGGGAAUAUUCACCUCGACUUCGCCUUCGGCGAAUAAUUGUUAAUUGUUUUGCUUGCUUCGACUUGUAAAUUAUUUUGACUCAGGCACUCGGCGUAAGGUUUAGUAAAGUUUUAAGCCCUGUAAAGGCCAUAAUUUAGUGUAUAAAAUAACGUGACUGCACUCCGUGCGUUGUUCACUCAAUGGACUUUGACCACUGUAAGUUCUAUAUUUUAAUUUAUUAUCAAGUUUUGGUUUCUUAGUUUAAUACUGUGUAUACAAUGUAGUAAAUGCGCCUAGCAGUAUUAGACUUAAUAAUAUGAAAUCAGAUAGCAAAAACUUGUGUUAUAUAAUUUAAUGUACGUCUUAAUAAGAAUGCUUUGUCGUUUGUAUUUAUACGCGUACUAAAGCAGCGCGUAUUAAAUUCAACAAAUUCCACUUGAUCUUGAAAAUAUUAUGUAUUCUUGCUUAUGAUUUAGUGAAUAUUACUUCCAUAAACAUUAACAUUAACAUUAACACGCCUAUCUGUAAUCUGUGAUUGCUCUUGAACCCAUGCAUGGUCUUGGCAACAAAUGCAUUGGCCAUUGCUUUUUCUCAGACACUCAUGGCAUGAAUCGAUUCCGUAUUCUUUAAGCUCCGACCACAGUGCUCACAAGUCGCCGGCUCGCUGCGAGUAAUAACUGCAUGCUUUAUGUAGUUUGUACUAUUUUUAGUUCUAUUUGCUCUUGAUGCCCGCAACAAUCCCUACCUUGCAGGUACCCUUGCUAGUACAGUACAUUUUAUCAGGGGGGGGGGGGGCUGGCUACGCCUCUGCUUACAGUAAUGUUUAUUUCCCAAACCGGUUUGACAUAUUUUUACAAAUGGCCAAUCACAUGCAAGAUUCAAAUUCUGAACCUAAUCAAGUGUGGAAGUGGGAUUUGCAAUCGAUGUGACCAGAGGCUCUUCCUUCUCGUCUCUCGUUUCUUUCGCCUAGCAAAGAGCCUCUGGAACCAGGGUAAUGCGCGGCUUUACUGUAGACUGUAGUUAAAAUAUACUAUAGCUUUGAUCUUGUAUAUUAGUAGUUGCGUGUACCAACGUCUCAUCAUGCAUGCACCCAAAGAAAUUCUGAAAGUUCUUUUGUGACAUUAUUUGACAUGACGCGUGUUGCACCAGAAUGUCACAUUCCUGUGGUAAACAAUUUUUUAGUAUAUUUGUUGUUGGUAUACAGCUUGAUUGGUGGUAAAUUGUCAGUAUAUAUUGCUAGCCGAUAUUCGCUGUCUAAAUAUAGCGUAGAAAAUUGGCGAUUAUGUCUUAAAAUUAUAACCCAGGUAGUUCUUCCUUAUACCACAGAAAUGUCAAGGGAAAGGUUUCUUGCCUAAUAUAACAUAAAUUUAAAACGACAUUAUUCUUCAUUGAAUAUUUCGAUAAUAAGACUAUAAGUCUCCAAGCAAAACUAGGCCUAUAUACUUUCCACAAUGGCUGGAAAUGCUGCCACAAUGGCUACAGAUACUUCACAUCGAAGGGCCUUCGCUGGAAACGUCGAAGUUUGCUUGUAUUUUCAGGUAAUUGAAUCCAUAUCCAUCUGCAUUUUCUGGUGUGUUUUUUUACUACCUACGCGCUGGCCACAGACCGUUCGAGUGUAUUUCACGUGGUCCAAAUUUCGAAAUCGUCACGGGUGGACGAUCUCGGAUCCCUUCCGCCCCCCAUAAAAGGCUCGUACUCUAAAUUUUAUUGGGAACCCGGAGUACUUUUUCUUGAUUCUAAAAGCACUGCAGGUUUAUUUCAAUUUUAGAAACUCGUGCACGCUAUAGGAGCCUAUAUAUAGAACGUUUGUCCAUGAGUUUAAAUCCCCGCCAGUGAUUAUAAAGGAUUUGUCGUGUGCUGUUCAACUAUAGCUUGUACUAGCUCAACAAACGUAUACCUACUAUAACGCUGUCACAACAUAUCUGAAAAAACUUCAACUUCAUUUCCUUAUUCAAUGUUACAAACCUUGAUUUGUGCUAUUAUAUUUCAUUUUCAGCUAUAGUUAUACAUCCAAGCUUCUCUUCUAAAGCUGAAAAUGAUCUACCUGAAACUGAAGUUAUUCAAGUAAUGAAUUCAUCUGCUGAUUUUCCUACAUGCUAUAACUUUACUUGGGGCCAGGAUGAACUUUCGUUACCAUGUGACAUGAUAGCAAACCUUGACACGACACUGCCUUAUCCUAACACAACCUCGUCAAUUCUACAGUCCCCUUCCGUAACACUGAAUGGGUCCACGGCUACGACGCAGAAACUUUAGAAGGAACACGUUUAGGUUUCUGUAGUUCUGAUGCAAACAUGCAGGGGUAGUGCAGGUAGUUAUAUGGGGUGCGAUAAUUCGCGUAAGUGGAGGUACGCCAAUAUUGAGGUCACAUGGUACUUCUUUGUUUGCAGGCACGUACCACCUAGGUAGGGGAACUAUUGGUAUCUGCGUCCUUACAUUUUGCUGGUUACUAUAUGACCUAGCUUCCAAUCCCCAAGGUAUUCAAAACCGUAAUUUAGUCGGUAAAUACGUAAGUUGACAUGUUUUAGAAUGAAACAUGAUGGGACUAAAGGCUAGUUUCCACUUCGGAAAAUUAUCCGUGGAUUGAAACGGACAAGAAAAUUUUUCUUUGUGUUAAAGUCAUUAGUUUCAACUCAGAGCUCACAAGCCAAAGAAACAUUUUCUUGUCCGUUCCAAUUCAUGGAUAAUUUUCCUGAGUGGAAACUAGCUUUAUUGCAUGGACUAGAGUCUAGAGAAUGUUGGAAUCAAUUGUGUAACGCCGGUUUGUUACCUUUCCGAAAUCUUUACUUGACAGUAUAUGUAUAUUUUAAAGAUUAGGUACACUUUGAGUACUGAGUUUGUACUAGCGCAAGUAUACGCGGCAAUAACCAUUCGCGUACCGGUUAGGUACGACUAAAAGUCUUGAAUUAUCGCACCCAGACAGACUUUCAUACUAGUCGAUAAAAAUGUCCACCUUCUUUCGAAAAUUGAGGGAUCGUGGAAGUGGGGAUGAUCUGCAUCCUACCCUUCAGUGUAAUAUUUACGAGUAUACUCGUGUUAUCCGUGUUUAUUUACUUGUCUUUGGGAAAACGAUUCAUCAAAGUAACGAUUUACUAUAUUUAAUCAAAUCUGGAUGUUGAAUGGUGCCAUUGUAUGUAGCAUAUGCCUGUUCGGAUGUUCGGAUCCUAGGUAGCGGCACUACCUGCAAGUGUCUGAAGCUAACUGCAAUCCUUGGUCAGGAAGGCCUUAUGCAUGUUUAAGUAAAGUAGAAAAUUUCAAUUUUUCCGAAGAGUCGUACUCAAGACGUAAAUUCAUCAAAUGAUGCCAUCAAAAACUUAAAAUUUCCUAUUCUGUGGCCGAAUUUUAUUCAGCAGCCGACAAUCAUGUCGGCUUGAUAUAUGAAAAUUCUCGAGCAAUUUUUUUGGAACAAAUUAGGGACCGUUCAUUAUUUAUACCCGGGGUUGGUACCGAAGAGAUAUGGGUUGGGUAAUCACGUUUUUGACUAGCUCAUGGGUUGGGUAAAAACAUUUAUGGCUGUCUGUCAGCCGUAAAAUAAAACCAAAAUUACCAUACAUUGGAAAAUAUGAAGAAAAAUGUGUACAAUACAUUCUGUACCAAAAUAGACCAUCAGUGAUUGAGGAAGGACUCUAUCAUUGAUCAGCAGGAACGUGAUUGUUUUGGCACACUCUGCAGUGACUGUUUGAGUGUGACUGAGCUUUUAGACUGAUUUAGGCAACUUGAUUUAUGGCACCAUGAAUAAUCUUGUGUGUUUAAUUAUUAUGAAUUACUGUAACACAUGGGUUGGGUAAACAUUAUUUUGACCAAUGUUGAGGUUGGGUAAAUAAAAAAUUUACACUGUUUUUCCCAUCUCUUCGGUACCAACCCCGGGUAUAAAUAAUGAACGGUCCCUUAGCGGACACUCAAUUUUGACAAUAUGAAACAUAACGCAAAAAAAUUUCUUCGGUGCCUGGUCCCCUGUCGCAAUUUGCAAGCUUCAAGUAACCUGAAGUUCAGGCCCUAUCACAGAAUAGGGCCUGACACAAAACCUAUCUGAAGUGUGGGAUUCCCGUCCACCUGGUGGACGGGAAAUCUGAUUGGUUGAUCAGCAUCAUGAAGGAUUUUGAUUGGUUGCAAGUUCACAUAAACAACAGUUUUAAAAAUAGCUCGGUCAAGGCGAGAAUUAAUAUAAAGGUCAAACGCACGUAACAAAUUCCAUUAUCGAUUUCUUCGAAUUUCUUUUCUUUUAUGCUUUAUGGCAGAAAAUAAAUCAAACAAACAGUAUUUUGAAAGGGCUUCAUCAAAAUCUUUGACGAAUUUUGGAUACACGACGCCGAAAGAACAGCCAAACUAGUCAUGUAUUCGAAAGCUUGUUGUUGACAGCCAAGAGAUGUUCUGCCAAAUUGCUUCGCCGGCAAAAGUCUUAUUUCUAAUAUCAGGUCCCAACCUCCGUCGCAGGGACUUUCCAGAAAGACCCUGGGUACGAGGAUGAUCAGGUCCUACCGGCGUUGUUUUCUGAGCUACAUCACCUUCUUCGUGGUAUGAUUGAGAAUUUAACUGUUGCUGUUAUUAGCCUGUUAGUCGUUAGAGUAUAUCCGCGUCCAGCAAGUUGAGACCUUGAGAAAGCUUGGCAGUCAAGCCAUGCACAGAACUGACUAAUUAAAUCUUUGUUUGCUGUUCGCCUGUUCGGUUAAAUAGAGAAACUGACUCUUAAUUAUAUAAAAGUACCUUGAAUUUUUAAGUUUAAUUAAAAAGCAAAAUGCUCUGCGGACAUGUUCAUGAGAAUAUAAUUUUUUUGUGUAACGAAAUAUACAACACUUGUCAAUCAUAUUGCAUGUGUGUCUAAAAAUAACAUGUGGGCGUCCCACGGUCUAGACAGGUUUUGUGUCAGGCCCUAUUUCAAAUUAGGGGCUGAACUUCAGGUUAAGCUUCAAGCGAAGCGGGCAAGUUUGGACCACGCAGGGCUAACUGCAAAUUUUUUUUGGCUACCUGCAAAAUAACAAUAACUAAAUAUACAGGCAUGGUAUCUAGCUACAUUGUAAUACAAUUUGCGGACUUGUGUGUAUGAUAAAACAAAAUUUAUUCCAAAUAAGGAGUGCAUAAUAUUAACACAAUUUAUAAAAACUGUAUAGACCCAUUGCACUGACGUCACAAAUCCUUAGAGUGUCCUCCAGAUGCUCCCUAACAAUAUCUGUUCGGGUACAACAACCACAUACAGCGCAAAAGUAAACCGUUUUAAUACAAAAUUAUUAUAAAUUUUUACAAAAUUUGCUUUGUUUACAAAAGUUAUAUUAUGCAUAGAUUGCUAAUUUGUCCUCCAGAUGCAUCAUCACCGGCGCUGUGACGUCAUGUGCAAUGGGUCUAUAUUUCGAAUCUAAAUCUGAUUCAUCUUCAGCAGUCUUUUGCAAGAUAAUAAUAUUAUGCACUCCUUAUUCGGAAUAAGUUUUGUUUUAUUUUUGCUGAAAUUAUCAGCCGAAAAACGAUUGUGUGUAUGAUGAGAGUCUCAAUUCAAGAGUCUCAAUUCAAACGAGGUAGGAGCGAAGAUUCAGAACCUGGGUACAAGGUUGUUAAGUUCCCAAAAUAUUACCACAUUUUUUUUGCUUAGAUAAGUAUGCUUCAUAUACAUAAUUCAUAAAUUAGGAAUGUUCAUUUUGACGACGUAAACCGUCAGUUUUGCUUUUAAAUUUAAGAUUGAAUUUUGGAUUUUAAUAAAUAACUAAUAACUUGCUGUUAAGUAUGACAAACUAUAUGGACACAUCAAAGACAGAGUCGUCUUCAAACACUCCAUUUGUUUACCGUGCAGCUGGUCGUCUGCAUGGCCGAAAAUACCCCUCAUUCUCAUUGCUUGAUGAUUAGAUUACCGCCAUAUCUAAGACUAUUAUAUAGGGAAUGAUUUUUAAAUCUUAACUUUUACUGUCUUAACUUUUCUGUGUAUUUUAUAAUCAAUAAACAUAUUGACGCGCAAAUAUACAGGACUAACGCUAUAUGUUAAAACUAAAUGUGAACUGUACAGUCCUAAGGGCUAAGGCGGUGUUCACAAGUCAGAUAUAUACAGCUAUUUCAAUUAAGGUUGUCCAC